GAAACGCGACAAUGUUUAGUUCGUCAUCGUUUGCAGCCGGGAUUGGGAAGAGAGAGCUCUCACCACCACCUCAUAACGCCAAUCGCAACAAUAACAAUGGCUGAAGGCCACACCCAAGGGGGAGGAAGAAACUCGUUAAACUCCCGUGCUGUCCUCAAUCAGAGGAUUCUCUCCUCUAUGUCGCGAAGAGCUGUUGCUGCUCACCCAUGGCAUGACUUAGAGAUAGGGCCAGGUGCGCCAGCAGUAUUCAACUGUGUGGUUGAGAUUGGAAAAGGCAGCAAAGUGAAGUAUGAGCUUGACAAAGCAAGUGGCCUUAUAAAAGUUGAUCGAAUUCUCUACUCAUCUGUUGUUUAUCCACAUAACUAUGGUUUCAUUCCAAGGACCAUCUGUGAAGAUAGUGACCCUAUGGAUGUCCUAAUACUAAUGCAGGAGCCUGUGCUGCCUGGUACAUUUCUUCGUGCUCGUGCAAUUGGAUUGAUGCCUAUGAUUGAUCAAGGUGAAAGGGAUGACAAGAUAAUAGCUGUGUGUGCUGAUGAUCCUGAGUUUCGCCAUUACAAUGACAUCAAGGAUCUUCCUCCACACCGCCUGGCUGAGAUCCGCCGCUUUUUUGAGGACUACAAAAAGAAUGAAAACAAAUCAGUGGCGGUGGAAGAUUUCUUGCCUGCAGAAUCGGCUGUUGAUGCUAUCAAGUACUCCAUGGAUCUUUACGCUUCUUAUAUUGUGGAGAGCUUGAGGCAGUGAAUCACUCCACCAUUAUCAAGCUUCAGUGCAUGUUCACUAAACAAAUAAUUCUGGACCUUCAAAGCUUAGGGCUCUUUGCUUCUAUGGCAAUCUUGUCUGAACUUAUAAUCUUACAUUUUAACAUUUUUAUCCUCAUGAUGUUUAUGAAGUGUAAUAUUUUAAGUGCUUUUUGCUACAAAAGCUUAUUUUAAUCAAGCAGUGCUGCUGGCAGUUACAAGUGAA